AAUUCGAAUAGGUACAUACAUACAUAGUUGAAUAGGCUAUUUAGUAUUUAUUGCGGAAGUAAUGGCUUCCAAAUUUUAAUUGUGGAUUUAAUUUUGUCAGUAGUAAUUAAAAUUAAAUUAAUCUAAACAUUGUUUUUUUCUAUUAAAAAUAUUGCAUUAUGUGAAUAAGUCGGCUUACACAUUGUGAAGCCGCGUCCUGUAUGAUAGUUUUCAAAGAAUACGAUUUAAAACAAUAAUUAAAUUGACAAUGUAACUUCCUUAUGUAUAGCUAAAUAUCGAAAAUAAGAAAUGUGCAAGUAAGGUAAACAAAUGCGUCCACCGUUUCUCUGAAGGAUGCUGUGAAAAUGCCUUCACACUCUAGGCACACACACUGUCACUGAUUUACAAGUCAAGAAACUAUUGCCAUGGAUGGUACCGGCGGAGUAAAUGCUGUAAAGAACAAAAUGAAAGGACGGAUUCAGGAAGAAGAAGAAGAAGAGGAAUCCGAAGAAGAGAUGCUAGAGAGUGAAGACGAGGACGAAACCAUAGCUAGAAUACAACGAGCUCAUUAUGCACAAGUGGCUGCUAUGAAUCCUCGAAGACGUGCAUCUACAAAACCGAGGCCAAUGAGUAUGAAAAGAAAAAUGGAAGCAGUUAAAGCUUUUCACGAUUUCACUAAAAAGUUCAAGCAGGAUACUGGUAUCCGAAUACGCAGCUUAGCUGGUAAUAAUGUAUUAGAAUUAAGUGACUUUUCUAGUGAUAAUAGUGAAUCAGAUAGUGAUGGUUUAUCAGAGGAGGAAUUUGUUGUGAAUCCCAGCGCAGUAGAGGAGUUGAAGGAGGAAAAUGAAAGUUACUUAGAUCCUGAAACUGGUGAUAUUGUGGAAUCUAAGCUAAAACUGUAUGAUACUAAGAAAAACAGUAAUGAGGCACAAAAGUCAGAUGUAGAUAGACAAGAAGAGCCUAAAACGUUGUCAAUCAGUGAUAUCAUAAAUGAAAGUGAACUAGAUCUCACAAAAAAUGUUGAGAUAUCUGAAGUUGAUGAAGGUGAGCUGUGCUCAGAGAAAACAGCCGAGGAACUUUUGGGUCAAAUUAAAUCAGAGGACAAUAGUCAGGAUUUUGAUGUAUCAGACAAGAUGAAUGAAAUAGGUGAAAUAAUUGAAAAGGCAGAUAAUAAAAAUGAAGCAGGCGAUGAAACAUCACAAUCUGAUGGAAAAAAAAUUGAUGAAUGUGAUGAGAAAAAGCAAACAAAUCCUAAUGCCUUGAAUGUACGUCGUAAUAUUAGAGAAGUCAUGGAUGAGAAGAAUCUGGAUGCAUCAACACUAGCUGCUCAGAGGCAGGAGUCUGAACGUUUGGCUCGUGUACAGGAACAACAAAGAAUUAUUCGAGAGGUACAAAGACAAAUAGCUAUUAAUAGACAAAACAAAAUUCAUCAGAAGACAUUAUCAUUAUUACAAGGAGGUUCAUCAAUAUUAAAGAAAUCAAUGGGAGGACAGAAAUUAAAUUUACCGAAUACAGUAUUAGUGAAGUUGCCAUCGGGUGAAGUUAAAAAGACAACAAUGAAGCAAGGGCAGGUUGAGAUGAUGAAAAUCCCUAAACCUACCACAUCGAGUGCUGCUAAAUUAGGAAAAUUUGAUCAAAAAACUGAGAAAAAAGAGGUUGUUGAAAUUGUUGACAGUAGCAGUGGUGAAGAGUCGACAUCGUCUUCAUCUGAUUCUGAUGAUUGUAUAAUGCUAUCGGAUUCUGAAGUGCCACCUAGUCCAGAGGCAGAUGAGGACCCUAACAAUUCAGGGCUCCAUGUGAAUGAUGUGUACAAUGUGCCUGAUGAACAAGGCCGAGUACUCAUCAACAUUGGUCAUCCAGAAGCCGAAGAAGACAUAUUCUUGGCCCCACAAAUAGCUAGGGUUAUCAAACCACAUCAAAUUGGUGGUGUAAGAUUUCUAUUUGACAAUAUAAUUGAAUCAGUAGAACGAUUCUCAACAUCAACGGGCUUCGGUUGUAUCCUGGCUCACUCCAUGGGCCUCGGGAAAACACUGCAAAUAGUAUCUUUCUGUGACGUGUUUCUAAGGCAUACCAGUUCGAAAACCGUUUUAUGUAUAAUGCCAAUAAAUACACUUCAGAACUGGGUUGCAGAGUUCAACAUGUGGCUGCCUUUAGAUCCAUCAACAAGUUCACUAUCGGCCCACGGCGAAGUCCGAUCGAGAAACUUUCCAAUUUACGUUCUAAACGAUAGUCAUAAAACUUUACAAAUGAGAGCGAGAGUUGUUAAGGACUGGACGACAAGUGGCGGUGUACUUAUGAUUGGUUACGAGUUGUACAGAUUGCUUAGUUUAAAGAAAGAUAAAAAACCAAGGAAGAAGAGAAAAGCUGACGAUAAGAAACAAGAGAAGGAGGAGAAAGAGAAAGAUGACAAGAAACCUGAAAUAGGCAAUGAAGAUACUCAAAACUCCGAUAUUACGAAUCUAUCUAAAAUGUCCGACGAAUCAAAACUGGAUAAAGAUGACGGCGAUGGACAAAUUAAGACUGAAUCUGAAAUUAAAGAUGAACUAAAAAAAGACGAGAAAAAAGAAGACACACCCACCCAUGAAGACAAGAAACUUUUAGAUGAAAUGUACGAAGCGUUAGUACGUCCUGGUCCUGAUCUGGUCAUAUGUGACGAAGGCCACAGAAUUAAGAAUUCACAUUCAAACAUAUCUUAUGCUUUGAAACAAAUGCGAACAAAGCGUCGUGUUGUACUUACAGGUUAUCCGCUACAAAAUAAUUUACUUGAAUAUUGGUGCAUGGUGGAUUUUGUGCGUCCCAACUAUCUCGGAAGUAAGACUGAAUUCUGCAAUAUGUUCGAGAGGCCGAUACAAAACGGGCAGUGCAUAGAUUCGACACCGCAGGACAUAAGGCUAAUGAGAUACAGGGCCCACGUACUGCACUCGCUGCUUGUUGGUUUCGUGCAAAGGCGUUCACACGCAGUCUUACAAUCAACGUUGCCCCAGAAGGAAGAAUACGUUCUGUUAGUGCGUAUGACGUCAUUACAACGUAAACUAUACGAAAGAUUUAUGAACGAAGUCGUUCGUUCUACAUCUGUACCGAAUCCAUUGAAAGCAUUCGCUAUUUGUUGUAAGAUAUGGAAUCAUCCAGAUGUUCUAUACAAUUUCCUCAAAAAACGAAGUGAACUAAAUGCAGCCAUCGAAGAAGAUUUGGACUUAGAAGAGUUACGAGGUGUCACGAAAUCAGGUCGCCCUAGGAACAGUAAAGCACAACCGCGACGAACGGGUAAAACACGAGGUGCUCCUAAAAAGCCAGCAGCGACAAUACCACCUAACACCACCGGUCCAUCUUCACGGCCAGACUCCAAUGCUUACAAUAAUCCACCAUAUCCGCCUAAUGGACCAUAUGGACCACCGAAUGCCUACCGAUCCGAUACCUCAAACGGCUCUUACCCACCUUACCCUAAUUACCAAAACCCUGGACAAGGUUAUUAUCCGCCGAACCAGAGUUAUAAUCAGAAUUACGAUAGCAAUUAUUAUCAACAACAACAGGCGCCGUAUGGAAAUAAUUAUCCUAAUCAAUAUCCACCAAACAACCCUGAUUGUAAUCAAGGGUACAAUCAAAAUUACUGGGGCAACGGUAACUAUUACGGAAAUUCGGGUUACUACAAUAACCCUCAAUAUCCUAACAAUCAGCCUCCUCCUCAACCUCAAACCCACGACUUUCGAGGUAACACUCCAGCUGAAUAUGAAAAUUCUCAAAAUUAUCCACCGAAUUAUAACGGACCACCAACUGAACAACCAUAUCCUGGUGGCAAUCCCGUUCCCCAAUAUUCGAAUAAUCAGGAUUCAUAUGGAAAUCAGCAGAGACCACCGUAUCCCGGUUAUCACAAUCAACCAGGCUACUCGGAAUACGAUGCCAACGUCCCACCUGUACCAUAUUCGAAUCCACCAGCACAAGGUUAUCAAAACGAACAGUAUCCACCGCCGCCUUAUUCCAAUAACCAACAAUCGUUUGGUCCGAAUACUCAAGCUCAGUACAAUCAGUACGACAACAUCAAUUCAAAUUUCCCGGGCUAUGCCAACAAUACUCUAGAAAAUGCAGCUCCUGAUCCAAGCGUGCCAAAUCAACAACUAGUUAAAAAUGAGCCUGCAACGACACCCAACUUUCCGACGAAUAAUAUCAAAUCUGAAUCUAAUAUACCGCAAAAUAGUCCCACUGCCCAAUAUCCGGGCUAUGGUUAUCCACAAAAUGCAGCUUCUUAUCCGGAAUCUGAGAAUCCUGGUUCUACCUAUCCUAGUCAGUAUCCCAAUUUCCCACAGCAUCUCGAAACUAAACCGCCUUUGGGUAGUGCAAGCUCAGGAAGUCCAAUAACAUCGUGGCCUAUAACUGAACUCAAAACUGAAGUUGAUAAGUUUAAGGCAGAAGAAAUGAAGGCAGAAGUCAAAUCUGAAUCAGAUGGAGAAGUAAAAAUUGCUGAUUUGGAUACGAAGAAAAUUGUUAAGGAUGAAAAGAAACCACCUUUGAAUGCGGCUGUUGUGCCGACUCAACUCAAACCUGAGCCGGUAAAGAGAAACGAAAAUGAACAGAAAACUGAUGCAACUAAGAGUGACGCGUCCGAAUCUGAAGAAGAUAUUCCGAAACGAGGUAGGCCCAAAGGAAAAUCGAAAGACGGUAAAAAAACCGAAAAACAAAAAGCCAAAACCAAAGCAAAGGCUAAAGGUAGAAAAGAUAGAAAAAUCUCCAAGGAUAAAAAUAACGACGACUCAGAGUCUGAAGACAGCGAGAAGGAAGAGAAAAAGAAUAGAGAAGAAGAAUUGGCGAUGGUGAAAAAGGCCGAGGAAAUGACUUAUGAUUGGGCUACCGAGUUACUAAAAGACUACAUCCCUGGGAUUAUUGAGAACUCCGCAAAAAUGGAACUGUUCUUUUACAUUUUGAACGAGAGUAUAAAAUUAGGAGACAGACUGCUUUUGUUCAGCCAAAGUUUGUUCACGUUAAAUCUCAUCGAAGACUUCCUUGAGAGAAAUUAUAUACCUGGAACGAAUUGUCCCUGGGAAAGGAACACGAAUUACUACAGAUUGGACGGUUCGACUCACGCUCUCGAACGCGAGAAACUCAUAAACGAGUUCAAUACAAAUCCGCAUGUGUAUCUGUUUCUGGUUUCGACAAGGGCGGGCUCGUUGGGGAUCAACCUCGUCGGGGCGAACAGAGUGAUCGUGUUCGAUGCCAGUUGGAACCCGUGCCACGACACACAGGCUGUGUGCAGAGUCUACAGAUACGGCCAAAGGAAGCCGUGCUUCGUCUAUCGUUUCGUAAUGGACUGCUGUUUAGAGAAGAAGAUAUACGAUCGACAGAUAAACAAGCAGGGCAUGGCGGAUCGCGUCGUCGACGAAUGCAACCCGGACGCCGUCUUGUCUAUGAAAGAAAUCACGAAUCUAUGCUUUGAUAACGACGAGAAAGAAACAGACCCCAAAGAUCUGUCCGAGCACAAAGAUAAGUACAUCGACGUGGUGAUGCAAGGUAUAAUAGCUCAAAAUGGAAAGCUCUUAACUAAGGAACCAUUCCAACACGAAUCUUUGCUCGUGGACAGGAAAGAGAAAAAAUUGUCUAGUGCUGAAAAGAGACUUGCACAAAGAGGGUACGAGUUAGAAAAGAAAGCGGCUUCAGCCCCGAAGCCGACGACCGCGUAUCGCACGGUGCGCACCGCCGACGGUACCAUCAUACAGCGGCCCGUGGCCUCGGUGCGUCCCAUGCAGCACGGGGCGCGCUGGAUACCGGCCGACGUGUGGCGAAGGCAGGGGAUGACCGCCCAGGAAAUGACUUUGCCUCAAGAUGUCGUAAUACCAACGAAUUCGGCCGAGAAAACUAAUAUAGUACUAAAGGCGGGUCAACGUGUAAUGGUGUUGAAGUCGCCAAAAGGUAUUUACAUGCAGUUGGAAUCUGGUAAAAUCAUUGCCAUCAAAACUGCGAUCAAAGGCAUCGGACAUAAAGGCGAAGGGAAGGAUAAUCCAGUGGGGAAAAAAGUUUUAGGACAUCGACCAUCGUCGGCAAACAUACCCGGCUCUUUAAAAAACAACUCUGCUAUUACCAUCACCUCAAAAAUUGGACCAAGGCCUGGCCUUCAACGAAUUAUGAGACCGUCCAUGAUAGGUCAGAAUAAAAUAGCUAGACCUAUGAUGCCAGGUCAAAAAUUAGCUGAAAUAAGAAACAGAUUAGGCGAAAUGAGGUCGUAUGGUGCAUUGCGACCGAGAUCCGUUCUGGGUCAAGGUCGAAUGAUCAGGCCUAACAUACCCGGGUCCGUCAGCAUAACUAGAGUUCCAAAAGAGCCAAAGAGAUUCGAUAAUAGAAUUGACGUAAAAAACAAAGUUGAGGCGGUUUCUGAUGGUGAAACACAAGUUUUGGACAGUGACGAAAACGAUUCGGACGGUGGAGAAAAAGUCGUGACGAAACCGAACCGGCCGAGUAAAUCGAACGCAGAAUCACCAGCAGAAGCCAAAAGUGAAAGAUUAAAAACUGAAGUAAAACAAAACGAUAUUAGAGAAGAGAAAGACAAAUACAAUGAAAAAAAUCGUAAAUCCGAACCGGGUCCUAUUGUGUUAACAACUGAUGAAAAGUUGCCAUCCGAAGAAGUUUUAGAAACAAAACCUAUUACGGAUAAUGCAAAUGAACUACCGAAGUCACAAAUAGCAGCAGUCAACGAUUAUAUCGAUUCUACACCCCGUAACGACUCAACUGAAAGAAAGACGAACUUACUUAAGAAUUAUAGACACCAACGUCCCGGCACCAGGCCACAGACUGAAUCUAGUUUAAGUCAGCUUGAAAAAACUGCAAGCGUUUUAAAUAAAGAGGGUAUGCCCGAUUUUAGGAAAAACUUGGACGACAUCACACAGUCUUAUUCACCGAAUAGUGAAGAGAAGCCAGGCUCAAAGUCAAAAAAGAAAAAGUCCCCGGCCAAAGUGGAAGGUGGCAAUGAAUCCCUAUCUAACGACGGACAUCCUUCAAGUUCAGGAAUGACGCACAGCGUUUCUAGUCUACUAGGCGGGAUUCAAUCAAAAAAUAGAAAAAAUGACGUUUCACUAACUGCCCCAGUCGCACCAGUUGAAAAUUCUAAUCCUCGUAUGAUGAAUCGCCUCCCGAUGCCGGGGAUGAAUCAAGAUUCACCUAUGACCAGUCCACAUGCGUUUAACAACAAAUCUGCAUCGGCUAUGUCGCCUCAUCUAACUCAAAGCGGCAUGAUGGGUGCGGGACCGGGACAAACCGCGGCUGUAGACAUGAGUAAAGCCGCCCAGGGUGUGCCGCACCCGGCAAGCCCGAUGCCGCCCCACGUCAUGCCGCCUCCGGGCCAGAUAUACCCGCCUGGAAAUCCUCCGCCAGAAGCUCACUAUGGACAAUUUCCAGGCUAUGGCAUGGGAUACGGCCCGUAUCCCGCCGCGCCUUUCUACGGAGGUUACGGCGGCAGUGCGGGGUACUACCCGCCGUACGGGACACCGCCCUCCUCCACCCCUACCCCUCCCUUCACUCCCCCCACACCCGCACAUCCCUAUCCCCCCGACUAUUUACCCCCGAAUCCCCAGUGGUAAAUAUAGAGACAACGACAACGUUAUUUUUACAAAUUCGUGAAAUCAGUGCGUGCUGUGUGUUCGUCGAAAAUUGUGAUUUCCUAAUGAAUGAAACUUCAACGGAAUUUUUUUCAUAACGUUAAAUAAAAUGUAUUCCUUUUAAGAUUAGCUGUUAACGUUUUGUGAAAAAUUAAAUCGGACAAAAAUGGUUCUGUGGAGUCUGGUGUAAUGUUCAAUUAUUCAAUUUCUUAAUCGAUUGGUAAAGAGUCAGCCUCAUAUGUUUACCAUUCGAUGUUCCUUAUAAAAUAAUAUCUCGUAUUACGUUUAAGAUGAAAACGGUCUUCCAAGCAAGUUUGAAGCUUGUACUCCACAAAUUGCUGGGUAAUUCUGUACUAAGAAAAAAAAACUUUCAAAUCUAUUCGUCACAUUUCUCCGGAUAUACGAGAUUAUAAAAUGGAUCUCUGUCCUAAUUCACUAUGAUCACCUUGCUGAGUCUCUCUAAGCGUGUAGCAGAAUAUCGAAUAUAAAUUUUAAAAUAAACAUAAAAUUCAAUUUUGACGUACAAAUUUAAUUAAUAAUUCAAGUGCAUAUUUUGAUAAGUACGUGGCUAUGGAAUGAUCGAUCGAUGUGAUAUGCUGCUGAUUACGUAGUAUUUAAGUAUAAUAAUAAUAAUCAAUGGAUUUAGUUUUUUUUUUAUUACUUCCGCCUCCAGAACAAUUUCUUCUUAAUGCGUGUGGGACAUAGUUCUAAUUUUAAAUAGUUUUUAUCACUAAAUGGAGGCGCUAUCUUAAAAUUAAGCUAAGUUAAGUAACUAAUAGCCUACACGAAGUAUUUAUCGAGAAUGUAAUGUUAGAUAGGUUCCCUUAGUAUCGGAAGUAUUUAGACAGUCGAUUUACUCAUUUAAUCUUUUCUCCGUGAUAUGUAUUUUACAUAUGAGCUACAAAUGCGUUAUUAUAUAAAACGGUAACAUAUUUGUUUUGAAUCAAUUUACAAUGGAAACACGAAAUGAUCUGAUUGUGGAUUUAUUUUUUAUAAAUUCAGGUUUCUAUUUUUCCUUUGGUGUGUGUUUCGGAGUUAUCAAUUCAUAUUUUAUUUGAAUUACACCGUGUACUUCAUUAUAUGUAUGGAUUGUCUAAAUAUUAUAAAUAAAAAUGCAGAAUGCUGUUUUUUUAAAUUUAUAAACGUACUUGUAACUCCAAAGCCUUUAAUCCAAAUAAUAAUUAUUGUUUUUUAAACCUCUCGUCUCAAGGUAGGCAAACGGCAUUUAUUGGUACGAGCGCCGGUAAGUGUUUGUACCAACCGGGUUCAUCGACGACAAAAAAUCCCAAACUGGUCACAAUAUCCUCCGGUCACAAUUAUAUAGUAAACGAAAUAGUCUGCAAGGAGCAUCUUUUAAAUCAAAAACUGAAAUCGGAUUAUCGAAAUAAGUACACAAUAGCUGCAUUCUACAUUCAUAAAUCUGGUGAUAACAAAAAAAUUAAGCUCGCUGUUCCAAGCUUUGUUCGACAGUCUUCUCCUUUGAUCUGGAAUUUGGAAGGUCACGUAAACCAGUAGACAUAUUGUUCUGCAAUUAUUAUUUUUUUAAACUUGCAACACUUAAUAUAUUUAAUGACAGUAGUAGAUUUUAUGACGUUAAAUAAAAAAAAUAUAGAGAAUUUAGAUCUAUGAAAACAGUUUGAUGACUCUGAUAUUAUUAAGUAAGAAGUUUGUGACAUGACUGAUUUAAUAGAUACGUUCUUGUUUUAUAUUGAUGUACUUACUCGUGCUCACCAGAAGAAAAAUAGAAAAUUAAAUGUAAAGAUUUUUAAUGGCUUUAUGUUUUAUUUUUAUUAUUUAUGUGUUCUAUCAUUUGUACAAAAAUAAUGUUCCAUGUUAAUAUUCGAAGUCUUAAAUUUGCUAUACAAUGCAUUUUGUCAAUAGCGCUGUAUGGAUAUGUAAUAAAGAAAU